GUCAAUCCGUGCUGAUUUAGGGCUUUUACGUACCAAACUUUAACCAGCAGUGGUGCUCGCUCACAUUCUUCGGCGCCGUCUCUGUCUGUCUUCCAACUUGCAGGUUGAUGCUCCAAGUGUAAUUAGUUGGAUGCCUUUGAAAAUGUCGAAUUACUUCACGAUUACACAAUUAGUAUCAGGAGCUUUCCACUUCUAAAGUCUAUUAGCGUAAAGCCAUAUUCAAGAUGCAGAACGACGAGGGACAAAACAUGGACCUUUACAUCCCGAGGAAGUGCUCUGCCACUAACAGGCUGAUCACUUCCAAGGAUCAUGCAUCUGUUCAGCUCAAUGUUGGCCAUUUAGAUGAGUCUGGCCGAUACACUGGCCAGUUCACCACUUAUGCACUAUGUGGAUUUAUUCGUGCCCAGGGAGACGCCGAUAGUGCUCUUGAUAGGCUCUGGCAAAAGAAAAAAGCUGAAGUUGGACAACAAUGAGAGUUUUCUAUUUGCUUUUAUUUAUGCUGAAAGUGUAGACUACCUUUCUCUUUCUCUCUUCGAUCUUCUUUCCAGUUUCUCCCCAUGCAACCUUCGUCUUUUCAUUUCCUGGAACUGAGCAUAAUGUGAGUUAUUUGUUUCUAAACUUUCGUGAGAUGAACAUGGACAGUAGGCAUAAGACUCUUAA